UUAAUUUUGUAGAAGGUCAGGCGCCAAGGGCAACUAAAACAGGGCAGCGUAAACUAAACCGGAAGUGAUUCCGAGUACAAACAAUUCUGUGUCAGACAUGUCAUCUGAGCAAUAUGAGAAGCUCAAUGAGCUCUUUAAGGGACUGAACACGAAUUCACAGGAAAUCCCACAAAGGCUGCAGAACUGCUGCGGAGGUGGGAUGCAAGAGCAAACACAAGGGUUUCCAAUGAUAUCUGUGAUGCCACCAGGCAUGCAGAAUAUGAUGGGAAUUCGAUAUCCAGCCCAGAUUUCACAUGGGACCAUGACUAUGCAGGGUCGAAUGCCGAUGGGACCUAUGCAGGGCACAGCAGCAUCUUUCAUGGGGCAGCCUUCUUUUAUAGGAAUGCAUCAUCCAGCUCCUCAGUAUUCCAUGGAGAUGCAAAAGCAGUUUGCAGAAGAGCAACAGAAGAGGUUUGAACAGCAACAAAAAAUGUUUGAGGAAGAAAGAAAAAGGAGACAGUUUGAAGAACAAAAACAAAAAUUACGGAUGCUAAGUAGCGUAAAGCCCAAGACUGGUGAAAAAAGCAAAGACGAUGCAUUGGAAGCUAUUAAAGGAAACUUAGAUUUUUUUUCAAGAGAUGCAAAAAUGCACCCUCCUCCUGUGCUACAUACCAAGCCAACAGGUGGAAUUUUCCCAGCACCUAACACCAUGACGCCAAAGCUACCAUCCUGGAUCCAUAAUGAUAAUCUUGUCCCAGAGUUUUACAAGAACAUUUUAGAAACCACAAUGACGGCUACUGGAAUAGAUACAGCGAAACUAUAUCCUAUAUUGAUGUCAUCAGGUCUUCCCAGAGAGACUUUGGGGCAGAUCUGGGCUUUAGCUAAUCGGACAAUGCCAGGAAAACUUGCAAAAGAAGAACUGUACAUUGUUUUAGCAAUGAUAGCCAUUGCUCAGAGAGGAGGACCUGCUCCCAAUCUGGAUGUUCUGACCCAGAUUCCAUCUGCUCCCAUACCUGUUUUAAGUGGUUUUCCAGUGGCUUUGCCAACCCCAUCAAAUCAGCUGCAUAUGAUGUCUACAGGACCUGCUUUGACGUUAACUCCUGUCCAGCAAGCUACAGUAAUGAACAAAUCUUCAGUAGCAGGGGAAACGGCAUCAAAUUUAUUAAACACUUUCACACCUUCCUUCCUUGCUCAUAAGCCUGUUAAAUUGGAAGAUGAUGAUUUUCAGGAUUUUCAAGAUGCCUUUAAAACUGGACCCCUAAAUGUCCCAUCAGACUUCCAAAGUGACAUUUCAAUAAAUAAAAAACCUCAGAUACAUAACAGCAGUAAAAAAUUGAUUAUGCCAAUUUCUGGUACAGCCGUUCCAUCUGCCUCUGUUGAUAAAUAUGCUGUCUUUAAAGAAAUCACAAUGGAAAAGCCUUCUGAUAACACAUCUACAUUUGAAGGAGAGAGCUUUGCAAACUUCAAGUCUUCUUCGGCUGAAGGUUCCAUUGACACUAAAGCCUCAGAUAGUAUAUUAACCUCUGAUCUUUCUGCAGACAUGGCAAAUUUUUUGUCACCAUCUCCUAUUAUACCUCUUCCACAGAAAACGACAGGUCAACAUAAACCUUUAAUAAAUGCUUCAGACAUUGAUCCUUUCUCACUUGCAGUAACAUCUACAACAUUCAAUCAUCCCUUGCCAACCACAAUCCCCUUAUUAAGGCCUGCAACAUCCAAUGUACAUUUUGUUUCAUCAACUGAUACUGUUUCUUCAAUGACUUCUACUGUUUCAUGUGAAUUUGGAGAUUUUGCACUUUGUGAGGCUUCUUCUGGUUCCCAGAAUGACUUUGCUGAUUUCAGGGCUUUUAACAAUGACAACAGUGUUUUAGAACAAGAUUUUGAAGACAAAUAUAAAUCAUUUAAUACAGUACAAAGUACAUCUAGUAUGCAGUCUUAUACAGCAACCACUGCUCAAGCAAAACACCAUACAACAUCAUCUGUUACAAAUAAUUAUGAUACCCCUAAACCAUAUUGUUUGAACAACUCCAGUUUAAUGCAUGAUGAUAUCAAGGACAUAGUUUUCCCUGCUAGAGACCAUUCCUUUGCCGAUUCGCUUGCUGAAAAGGUCUCUGUGAUGGAGAACAGCAAUGAAAGAUCAUUUGUGGACAAGAUUGCAGCUUUUAAACAGAACAGAGAGGACUCUGCUUCUAUUAAAUCUCUUGAUCUUCCUUCUAUCAGUGGCAGCAGCAUUGGUAAAGAAGAUUCAGAAGAUGCACUCUCACUUCAGUUUGAUAUCAAAUUGCCAGAAACGGAGGGGAAUCUGAAGCAUGUGAUGUCUGAUGGCUAUCUGGAUUUGCAAUCAAGUGGUGGUCAAAGUCUGUCUCUAGCAGAUAUGGAUGAUUUUAAAGGAGGGAAUAAUCAACUGGAAAGCAAUGACUGGUUUGAAAAGGAUUUCAUACUAAAUCAACACUGCAGCACCAGUGAUCUCGCUGUUUUGCAAGAAAAAGUGUCUUCCUUUGGAGACCCUACAGCAGCCAUAUCAAAGAUGAAUACAUUUACAAAUGAAAGCUUCUUUAAAGAAGGGAAAAGUACUAUAAAGCCCUUGGAAGAACUAAAUGAGGACUUUUUCAAUAAGAAAGAGGAAGAUGUGUCUGCUCUUAGUCUGGAACAAGACACAAAGAGCCAUGAAAAGCCUUCUAUUUGCAUUGCUCCUGAGGACAAAAAUAGUAGUGAUUUUGGAGAGUUCCAAAGAGAAAAAACAAAAAUAAGUAAGUUUGACUUUUUAAUGGCCACCUCUCAGGGAAAAGUAAAGUCAAGUGAAGAAAUGAUUAAAAAUGAGCUUGCAACGCUGGACUUGUGUGCUCAAGGAUCCCAUAAAAGAAGUUUAAGCCUUGGUGACAAAGACAUCAAUCCUGCCCUUUUAUCUGCUCCUGAGAAGCCUCGUGACCGUUCAAAUACACUAAGUGAAAAGCCAGCAUUGCCUGUCAUCAGGGAUAAGUACAAAGAUCUUACUGGAGAGGUAGAGGAAAGUGAGCGAUAUGUAUAUGAAUGGCAAAGAUGCCUAGAAAGCGCCCUUAAGAUUAUCGCAAAAGCUAAUGACACUCUCAAUGGAAUAAGUAGCUCAUCUGUGUGCACAGAAGUUAUUCAGUCUGCACAGGGCAUGGAAUAUCUGUUAGGUGUUGUAGAAGUCUACAGAGUUACUAAAAGAGUAGAACUGGGCAUUAAGGCUACAGCUGUAUGCAGUGAGAAACUUCAGCUAUUACUAAAAGAAAUAGACAAACUCUGGAACAACCUAAUUGGAUUCAUGUCACUAGCCUCAUUAAUGCCAGAUGAAAGUGCUUUAGACUUUUCUUCCUGCAUGCUGCGGCCAGGAAUAAAAAAUGCUCCGGAGCUGGCAUGUGGAGUGUGCUUACUAAAUGUAGACUCUCGCAGUAAGAAAGAAGAGAACCCUGCACUGGAACAUCCUAGAAAAGCAUUUAAUUCAAAAAAUGAUAACUUUAAGCUUUCCUAUGGUGGGCACCAGUAUCAUACCAGCUGUGCAAAUUUCUGGAUCAACUGUGUACAGCCCAAACCACCCGGACUCCUCCUGCCAAACCUAUUAUAGGAAUAUAAUGGAUUCAUACUGGAACUCUCAUAAAGAGAUUACAAUAUUCAUGAAUGCUGCUGAUCAAGAGUCAGGAAAUGGAGUGAGAGAGGCUUACAAUUAAAAAUUAGGAAUUUCUCAAAUCAAAACUAAGCAAAUCUUGCACUAAUCACUGCCAUUGUGUGCCCUGCUGUACAUUUAUUUUAUUGUAAAUAUCUCGGCAAAUUCAGGAAAGAAUGAAAGCCAGUUACAGCUUAUGAAGGUACCUAGGCAUUCUUUUAUUGUCAGAUUUUUCCCUUGGGCGAGUGUAAGGAUUGAGGGGGGAUUUUGACAGCCACAAUGUAAAAAGUAUUUUUAAAUAAUUUCUGUUUUUUUUAACUUGUUGACAGCAUGUUCAGUAAAACCAGAAAGACUUAUUUAGAGCAUGGCAUGAUUAAACAAGCUAAAGUGGUGAAUUGUUGCCCACAGUGUCCGUAAGUAAAAAUAUGUUUUACAAUCCAAAGCUUUCAAAAUAAUUGAAGAAACUCCUUUAGUCUCUAUCUUUACUGCCUUGUAAGCAGUAGCAGUUCUUGUAGUUCCACCUGAGGCAGCUUGACAUGGAGAACCCGUUGACCCUUACUGCCACAGCAAACCACACCCUGCUCUUUCUAAAUUCUCCACAGAAGAUUCUAGAUCAUUUAUUCAGUUGUAUUCUUAUUCAGCUAGGAAUUAGCAUGCCCUAAAUAACACACACGUGUAUGUGUGUAUAUGGGUGUGUGUGAUAUAUAUAUUAUUUAUUUUUAUGUAGUACUGUAUAUAUACAAACUGUCAAACUUUGCACAAAUGGGUAGGGAUGCUUUUUUUGUGAUUAUACAUGGCUUAUAUGUUAUACAGUGUUCUGUCAUCCGUGGUAUCGAAGGGAAAAAAUGUUCCCCCUUUGAAAUUCAGUUUGGUUUAUGUAAAAAACAUUGUUGGCAGUUCAAAUAGUGUUUUAACAUUUCUUUGGCAUGAUCCAAGUUGAGUGAGUUUAUGUCAAAAAGGGGGUAUUGUGUCCCAUUAAUAACAAAAACGGAUACUGACACGUUCCAUGAAGGUUCAGAAUGUAGCAUUCAGAAAUAGGCAUGUAAAUUGCAAAUACACUGGGAAAAAAGGAAUGCUUGUUCUGUGCCCUCACACGCAAACAAUUGUGCUGUACCCAUACUGAGCCACUUUUUUUUUUUUUUUCCAAGAAAUACAAAUCCACAAGAAAAAUAAAUCAAGAUCAAAUACUCACACAAAAUACACUCACACAUACGUGUAAUGCAAGGAAUGAUGAACAAUUUCUAGCAUGGCAUGAUUAAAGUGGUGAAUUGUUGCCCACAGUGUCAGGCCCGGAUCUGUGGAAAGGCCACCUAGGCCCAGGCCUAGGGCGGCAGUAUUUUAGGGGGGGCGGCAUGCUGCCCAACCACACCCAUAUUGGUUCAAAAACACUGGGGAUGCGCUGGAGAUACAAUCAUUUUUUAAAUUUCCCAUGCGCCAAUCCCCAUUGCUCCAGUCCAGAUGAUGAAAGGGUAGGGGACAGGGGCGACGAAUGGCAGUGGGCCUAGGGGUGCCCACUAUGUAAAUCCGGCUUGCACAGUGUUAAGUAAAAAUAUGUUUUACAAUCCAAAGCUUUCAAAAUAAUUGAAGAAACUCCUUUAGUCUCUACCGUUACUGCCUUGUAAGCAGUAGCAGUUUGGCAACUUGACUAGGAGAACCCGCUGACCCUUACUGCCACAGCAAACCACACCCUGCACUUUCUAAAUUCUCCACAGAAGAUUCUAGAUCAUUUACUCAGUUGUAUUCUUAUUCAGCUAGAAAUUGGCAUGCCCUAAAUAACACACACACACAUAUUAUUAUUAUUUAUUUUUCUGUAGUACUGUAUAUGUAUAGAAACUGUCAAACUUUGCACAAAUGGGUAGGGAUGCGUUUCGGGAUUAUACAUGGUUUAUGUUAUACAGUGUUCUAUCAUCUCUAGUAUUGAAGGGAAAAAAAUAUUCCCCCAUUGAAAUUCAGUCUGGUUUAUGUAAAAAAACUAAUUGUCGGCAGUUCAAAUAGUGUUUUAGCACUUCUUUGGCAUGACCCAAGUUGAGUGAGUUUAUGUCAAAAAGGGGUAUUGUGUGCCAUUAAUAACAAAAACGCAUACUGACAUGAGAGUUCAGAAUGUAGCAUUCAGAAAUAGGCAUGUAAAUUACAAAUACACUGGAAAAAAAGGAAUGCUUGUUCUGUGCCCUCACACGCACACAAUUGUGCUGUACCCAUACUGAGCCACUGAUUUUUUUGAACACAUACUUGUAAUGCAAGGAAUGAUGAACAAUUUGUGUGCAUACAGUUCCAAGGGCAUCAACUUGAGGUUUUCUUUGUUGUAUAAAAAGAAGCACUGAAUGGAUUGGGGGCAUUGAGAUUCUCAUCGUGUUCAUAGCCUAAAGCUGGCCACAAAUUGACAAAUUUUGCCCACUUAAAACCUCUGGAAAAUAAUAAAAUUAUCAAGAGGACCCGGUUGUAAAACAAACUGUAAUAUAAAAAUGUUCUAUAAAUGUUCUAAAUGUUGAUUUAUGAUGUUUCUUGUAUAUUUUCUGUCACCCUAAUAACAUAAUUUGUCAGUACUCCAUUUUAAUCUAAUCUAAUACAACAAAGGUGUUAUACUGUAUAUGAGCCAAUAGAAAAGCAUUACAUGAUUUUAAAGGAGAAGUAAAGGUAAAAUCACUGAGAGCACUACUUCGCCCAGUGAUUGUUAUUGGUAAGCUGCUACUACAGAUCAGCACAAAAAAUACAUAGGCCUGGGCUACUUCUCACUCUGCCAUUUUCUGUUGUCUCAAGCUUUCUUAGCCCCCUAUUCUGUACUGUGCAUGGGUGCAUUCACAUUAGAGAAUCACACGGCUUCAGUAGGUACAGGGGAUACUUGGGAAAAAUAAAAAAGAUAGCAGUGUGACUGAGAAUAAAGUACCCUGGAUUGGUGCAUUUUUUUUACACCAACCUAGGGUAGCAUUUUAGCAAUUAGAUGCACUGAAGAGGAAUGAACAAAUUGGCACUCAGUAAUUUUACUUUUACUUCUCCUUUAAUAUUUUGAGUCCUCUUCUUGGUUUCUGUCUAACUCAUUUAAUAUUAUGAAUCUCUGUUCACAGCAUCAGAGUAUCUCAGACAGGUUAUCUGGAGGUAGAGAAAGGCAUAACUCGUGUAAAGAGGUUUUCAGUUGCAUUUAAUGUAUAAUUUCUCAUUGUUAACUGUAGGUGUUACUCUGCUGUAGGCUGUGCACCCAAAGUAAUCAUGCACUACGAGACACAUGCUAAAGUUGUAAAUCCUGUCAUAGUCAUUGCGGUUUUAAUUACGCUGCUGGAUGUCACAUUCCAUAAACUGUAUAAUUUGAGUUCUACUCAGAAAACGCAGUGGUAAAUACAGACUCGUUUAAUUUAUAAAGCUCCAUUUAAUAGGACUAAAAUCUAUUUUAUGAAGUAGAUUUAAAAUGGUUCUUUUGGCGCUAAUACAUUUUAAUGUUUCCUUUAGAUUUUUCUCCAGAUCUAUUUUAAGUGUUUGCUUUGUGUUGCCUCUGUGUGAUAUGUUUGUGAAGCCGUGUUAGUCUAUUUAUGUUGAAUUGCUGUUGGACUGUUUUGUGUGUGGAUGCGUGUUCUUUUCUUGUUUUGGUAUUGCAUGUUAUUAAAUGUUUGCCCUGCCUUUUAAUAAAAAGGUUACAACUCUUA